GGACGGAAGCCUCCUUGGAUCAGACCGUGGCGACGCGGGAAGUCCAGACGCUGUGGCUGUCUGAAGAGGAGGCCUGAGGCGGAGGUCCGAUUCUGGCGGCGGCAAUGGCGGAGAGGCCCGAGGACCUAAACCUGCCCAACGCCGUCAUCACCAGGAUCAUCAAGGAGGCGCUCCCGGACGGUGUCAACAUCUCCAAGGAGGCCCGCAGUGCCAUCUCCCGUGCCGCCAGCGUCUUCGUGCUGUACGCCACGUCCUGUGCCAACAACUUCGCGAUGAAAGGGAAACGCAAGACGCUGAAUGCCAGUGAUGUGCUCUCGGCCAUGGAGGAAAUGGAGUUCCAGCGGUUUGUUACCCCGUUGAAAGAAGCUCUGGAAGCGUACAGGAGGGAGCAGAAAGGCAAGAAGGAAGCUUCCGAGCAAAAGAAGAAGGACAAAGACAGAAAAACAGAUUCAGAAGAGCAAGACAAGAGUAGGGAUGAGGACAAUGAUGAAGACGAGGAACGGUUGGAAGAAGAAGAGCAGAACGAGGAGGAGGAAGUGGACAACUGAACAGGGCGAGGAGGCGGUGGCAUCUGGAAGGUGCCGCUCGGAAAGGUGGUCACGUUUGUGUGAAGCAGUUUUCCUACUCGGCAGAGCAGCCUUAGGCAGAAGAGCCUGAGAAGAUGGAAAUGAAAACUGCCUAGAAAUACCAAAACCAGCGCUUCCCAAACUCAGAGCAUCUGAGUAGCAGAAUCCUGUUUUGCUUAAUCCGUCGAGAAGUUACGACUUUUUUGGCAAGAGGGAUUCCGAACUGAUAAUCAAUUUAAUUUUGUUUACUUAUAUAUAUGAUUAGGCAGUUUCUGAUUCCCAGUUCCCUCCCACCCCCACCAAAAAUAAUAACUUCCAUGCCACCUGCUGUGUCCCAGAUCACAGGAGGCAGUCAAGGCUCAGGAAAAAUUGGGGCUUAGAUCAUGGACAGCCUGUUUGUACAGUAUUUGGCAAUAUUAGCUUACUACAUGUGGUAGAAAUGGCAUAGUUUUAAGUAACUGCUAAAAGGCUGUGGGAAAACAGUGAAAUCUGUGGUCUCUCCACUUGACAGUAACAUUAAUUUCAUUUUGGUUUCUACCCACCCGCUUGGCUUGGGGCCCUUCUAGGUUGCCUGUAGGCGUUUGACCUGUUGGGGCAGCUGCACUGUGGGCACAUACGCUUUUAAGUCCUUGGUGUAGAGUGGAAUUAGUCAAGAAAGCGUGCCAAGUCUUAUGCUUAACAAAUGAGAUGGUUUAGUCUUAGAUGCACCUCACUGCCUGCCACUGUGCAACUUUAGAAUCUGUUGUCACCUGGAAGGUAUAAAAUACCUUUCUUUUCCUGUAGUCAGUUUCCCAGACUUGUUACUGUGGCUUUUACAGCUUUUCAUUCUUCCAAUUCAUGAGAAGUUCCAAACUUUAUUUCUUCUAGACACAACUUUCUCCUUCUGUGCUUCCUACUUCCUGCCUCUCUUAUGCUCCCCAUUCCCACUCUCCCUCCUUUUCCCAUUCUGCCAGUCUGGGAACUUUGAUAACUUACUUAAUAUCCUGAAGUGCAGGUUCCUCUGCUUCUUAGUUCUAAUCUCAUGUCUUUUAAAAACGAUUUUGUAAGCAUCUGUGAACUGUAAGGGAAAUCUAACGGUGCUCAGGAAUCUAAUCCCCCCUCACCGCCCUCAACCAUCGCCUUUAACUGCUUCUAAGGUACCUGUGUUGACCUUUCUUAGGUUCCCCCCAUUUCCAUUUAGUGCUCCAAGCACUUUUUUGUUUGUCUCUAAGGCAGUUGACAGGUAGUGAAGUGUAGUUUGACACUGUUAAUUGUUAAAUUAAUACAGUGAAAAAUUUGUUGAUAAAUGAGUGAAUGUUGAGAAAAUGAUAGUGCUUUGUACAAAUAAAGGACAUUGUUGCUACAAGUGACAGGUCCUGUUUCAUCUUGCUUGUUUGUGGCAUGCUUUGGGGAACAUCUACUGAUUAUGCCCUGUAUAGUUUUGGGGCUCUGGACUGUACCCCACCUUUCUGAAAAUGGGAUCCUGCAACACCUUGGGUGACCAGCAGGUGCUGCUCAUUCACAGGCAAGUGAGCUGCUUUUCAGCCACCACAAGAGCUUUCCAUGGUUCUGCUGGACACCCUAUAUUCUAGCUGCUUAACAACUCCAAACAUUAUUGAGUUCCUGCUGUGUGUCUGGUGCUGUAUUCCCUAAUCUGCAUAGCUUUCUCAAAUCAUGAAUUUGAAAACAAUAUUUCACAAAGAUACAACUUCCAAC